AACGGAAAUGGUAUUCUGAACAGUGCCAUGGAGUUCCCGUUAACCCUAUCCGAUCCUAAUGAACGAGCCCCGUAUACAUUCAAGUACUUGAACUUCAUGGCAGAUCGACAUAUGCAAUAUGGUCAUGUGGUGCCAAAUGUGAAUCUGUUCCUAGUUGGAAAGGAUAAGAUCAUGGAUCGACUUGUGCAAAACCGGCUCAAUCCUACGAUGAUUGGUUAA